AUGGAGCCAAUCAAUCGAGAUGGAAAAAUACGAGAGCAAGUUGAGCUUGAGGACCGCAUGAGGCGCGAAUACAAAAGAAAAUGGGGAAUGUUGGCAAAGAAGAGCACAAAUGAAUUCUACAGCCCCGGGCAUAUAAACAGGGAGUUUAGGGAGCGCUUCAAGAAGGAAACCGAAAUCUACCCCUAUGAGUACACCGGAAGUGGAGAUUCAUUCUUCGUAUCAAAAGACAUGUAUGAUAAUUUAGUUAAAAUUUGUCGUUGCGGAAGAGAAAAAACCGAAGGGCAUGUACUCAAAUGCCUACAAAGGGUUAAGGCAAAGUACAUUGAAGAUAUUCAAGCAUCUGGAAGUGAUGAGAGGAAUGAAAGUCAAAAACAAACCACCACCACCAGCAACUUCCUGCGGCGUCUCCCACCUACUUCAGCAGGCAUUGUAGGCUGGCCCCAGCAUACGUACCAACAAUGGGAAAAAUCUACAAAAUACAUCUCACCACGCUACACAAUGCCCGGCCCUCGAAUUCAGGAUCAACCGUAUGGGAGUAUUUUUAUCGGUUAA